GCGCCCCUUCCUUUCUUCGAUGCCGCAACAGACCCUUGACCUAAUAUCAGCUCAUACUAUAUACAUCCACUUUUCGCGUCAAUUGCUACUCGAAUAAUAAAUAUGACUCUACCCGAGCAGAGGCGAGGCCGUCAGCGUCAACCAUAAUGCGGCGUCGUUAUCAAAGAACAGAAACACGAUAAGAUAUCUCACAUCAAUAGACCUCCAGAUACCCAAUGACCUGUGUUCUGCAACAGCUGAGAGCUCUUGGCCUUCCUUUGCCAUUCCUCUACACCCCCUGACGUAGCAUCGAGCCAGGUCCGGCCCAACCGCCUCUUCAAAGUUCAUCGAUAUCGACUCCACACAAUCCCGCCACUUUUAGCCCCCAUCAAAAGGAUCACAUGUAAUUCCUCUCCAGAUCCUCGCGUGCAUCAAUUGUGGUCCAUAUUCUGUAUGAUGACGUGCUCCGCGGAACUGUAUUAAUUUGAAGGUGCUGCAGGUUGUAUUCGUACCACUAUGAGCAUCAAAGACCGCCCGGUCGACGACAAGGACCUUAAUGUCGAGGAGACAUUGACCUAUCACGGGACGGAGAGCCUCUAUUCCGAUGACCAGACUCAUCGGAAACUCAAGAGUAGGCACAUUCAGCUCAUUGGUAUUGGGGGAACCAUCGGAACGGCACUCUUCGUCCAAAUUGGCGCAUCUUUGACCAAAGGAGGACCUACUAGUUUGUUUCUUGCCUUUACGAUAUGGUCAACAUUUAUUCUCGCCGUCAACAACUGUCUCUCUGAGAUGGUCACCUGGAUUCCCAUCUCUUCCCCAUUUGUGCGAUUCGCCGACCGUUUUGUAGACCCAGCCCUUGGCUUCACCGCCGCCAUCAACUUUUUCGUCUUCGAAGCAGCACUGGUCCCAUUCGAGAUCGUCGCUUUCAACGUCGUAUUACAAUUUUGGACGGACAAGAUCCCUGUUGCUGCUGUUAUCGCUUUUGUGAUCGUAUGCUAUGCUUUUCUGAAUGUUUUCGCUGUAAAAUGGUAUGGAGAGUCUGAGUUUUGGUUAGCAUUUGGCAAGGUUCUCCUUGCUCUAGGCUUGAUAUCAUUCACAUUCAUUACCAUGGUGGGCGGUAAUCCAUUACACGACGCGUAUGGAUUCCGCUAUUGGAAUCCGUCCAACGUGUCAGGAGCACCAUUCGCAGAAUUCAUCCAGACAGGGGAUCUCGGGCGCUUUAUGGGCUUCCUCGCGUGUCUUAUCCAGGCAUCUUUCACUAUCGCAGGUCCGGAUUACGUUUCAAUGACCGCAGGCGAGGCGGAAUUUCCGCGCAAGAACCUCCCUCGAGCGUACAAGAGCGUAUUCUAUCGCCUGACCACCUUUUUCGUCCUUGGAUCUCUGUGCAUUGGGAUCGUGGUACCUUACAAUGACACGAAUCUAUUGAAAGCACUCUCUGAUGCCAAGCCAGGGGCGGGGUCCUCGCCCUAUGUUAUUGCGAUGCAACGCAUGGGGAUCCCAGUCCUCCCUCACUUUGUCAACGCGCUGGUCAUGACGUCCAUCUUCUCAGCGGGGAACAGUUAUGUGUAUUGCGCUAGUAGGACGCUGUUUGGCUUGGCACUCGAAGGCAAGGCUUUGAAGAUCUUUGCUAGGUGCACGAGAUCUGGUGUGCCCAUCUAUUCCGUCGCUUUGACGCUAGCGAUAGCUCUCUUGGCCUUUUUACAGGUCUCAACUAAUGCAGCUGUGGUUCUUAAUUGGUUUGUGAGCCUUGUGACAGCCUCGCAGUUGUUGAACUUUGCCUGCAUCUCGUUCACAUAUAUCCGAUUUUACAACGCGCUCAAGGCCCAGGGCAUUGACCGCUCGACGUUGCCUCACAAAAGUUUCUGGCAACCUUUCUGCGCAUACUAUGCACUCUUUGGUACCGUGGUUAUGGCCUUCGUUGGUGGCUAUACCGUGUUUCUUAAGGGCAGAUGGGACGUGCCCACCUUCCUCUUCUCCUAUGCAAUGAUUGGAAUCUGCCCCGUCCUGUUUGUAGCAUGGAAGGUGUAUCACCGAACGCCAUGGCGGAGACUUACCGAAGUCACUUUCUUCGAGUUAGAGCGAGCCCAGAUAGACCGCUACGAGGAGAACUUCGUAGAAGAAACUUCUUCAAAUCGUUUCCUUGGAUUCUGGAACUGGAUUAAUUCAUGACCAAGCGCUAACACUAGCUUCUCCAAUCAAGCGUAGAAAAUUGACGUAUAAUUUGGUUUUCAUAAUAUAUGGUACACAUCCAUGAUCUAUGCCUGGGCUGCCACAGGAGGGUCUGCUGAACUAAGCCCUUCAACACGCGUCUCGUAUCCGUAUCCGCCACCAGGAGCACCAGGUACAUCGCCUGGGCCAUCGUAGUGCAUCUUGGAUAUAUCGUAGUUGCCUGUAGGGUUUGCUUAUAGUCAGGAAACGUAUCUUGCCACAGUGAGAUAGGCACACACCAAUGAAUAUCCAUCCAUCUUC